CAGUUGUUCAUGCUGCUGCCCAGAAGCCAAGAGCCUCAGCCUGCACCUUCCAGCCAUGAGCAGAACCAGCACAGCCUUGCUGCUGUCUGCAGCUGUCGCUUCUGUUCUCUGCUUCAAUUUGGAAACGGAGCAGCCAAGCACUUUCCGCAUGCCCAGUGCUGGCUUUGGACACAGCGUGGCCCAGUACGACGGCUCGUGGGUGGUGGUUGGAGCCCCCCAGGAAAUAACGGCGGCCAACCAGACAGGCGGCCUCUACCAGUGCAAAUACGGCACGGGCACAUGUGAGCCCAUCAACCUGCAGGUGCCCCCUGAGGCUGUGAACAUGUCCCUGGGCCUGUCCCUGGCAGCUGCCACCAAUCCCUCCCGGCUGCUGGCCUGUGGUCCCACGGUGCAGCAUGCAUGCAAGGAGAACAUACAUUUGACUGGUCUGUGUUUCCUGUUGAGCCACCCCUUCCAGUUGUCCCAGAGGCUCCCGGCUGCCAUGCAAGAGUGCCCCAGGCAGGAGCAGGACAUUGCAUUCCUGAUUGAUGGCUCGGGCAGCAUCACCCUCGAUAACUUUGCCAUCAUGCUGAACUUCGUGAGGGCUGUGAUGACCCAGUUCUCCAGACCCAGCACCCAAUUCUCCCUGGUGCAAUUCUCCUACCGUGUCCAGAUGCACUUCAGCUUCAACAACUUCAUCUCCAGCUCAGACCCUCUAAGCUUGUUGGAUUCUGUGCCAAAGCUAGGGGGGGCCACCUACACGGCUACAGCCAUCCAAUGGGUUGUACAGAAUGUGUUCAUUGACUCCAAUGGGGCCCGCAAAGAUGCCACCAGGAUCCUCAUCGUCAUCACUGAUGGCCAGAAGUAUAGAGACCCCUUGGAUUACCCAGCAGUCAUCCCCCUGGCUGAGAAUGCUGGCAUUAUUCGCUACGCAAUUGGGGUGGGGUCUGCUUUCCAAGGCAUCAAUUCCCGGAAGGAAUUAGAUGACAUUGCCUCGAAGCCCUCCACAGAACACGUAUUUAGAGUGGACAACUUUGAUGCAUUGAGGGAAAUUCAAAACCAGCUGAAGGAGAAGAUCUUUGCCAUUGAGGGGACGGAAACCACCAGGAGCAGCUCCUUUGAGCAGGAGAUGGCCCAAGAGGGCUUCAGUGCACUGUUUAUGACUGAUGGCCCAGUGCUGGGGGCUGUGGGCAGCUUCAGCUGGUCUGGGGGUGCCUUCCUGUACCCCACAGGCAUGAAUCCCACCUUCAUCAACGUGUCUCAGUACAACGUGGACAUGAGGGACUCAUACCUGGGUUACUCCAGUGAGCUGACCCUUUGGAAGGGGGUGCAGAGCCUGGUGCUGGGGGCGCCUCGCUACCAGCACACCGGGAAGGUCGUUCUCUUCACUCAGACGUCCACGCAGUGGGAGCCGAGGGCCGAGGUCGUGGGGUCCCAGAUCGGCUCCUACUUUGGGGCCUCCCUGUGCUCGGUAGACGUAGACAGAGAUGGCAACACCGACCUGGUCCUCAUUGGGGCCCCCCACUACUACGAGCAGACACGAGGGGGCCGCGUGUUUGUGUGUCCCUUGCCAAAGGGGCGGGCUGUGUGGCAGUGCCAGGCCAUUCUCCGUGGGGAACAGGGCCACCCCUGGAGCCGCUUUGGGGCAGCCCUAACGGUGCUAGGGGACGUGAAUGAAGAUGAGCUGACAGACGUGGCCAUCGGGGCCCCAGGAGAGCAAGAGAAUCAGGGUGCUGUCUACCUAUUCCAUGGAACCCGAGGGCUGGACAUCAGCCCCACCUACAGCCAGAGGAUCACAGGCUCCCAGCUGUCCCCUGGGCUCCAGUAUUUUGGGCAGUCUCUGAGCGGGGGACAGGACCUCACUGGGGAUGGCCUCGUGGACCUGGCCGUGGGAGCCCAGGGACAAGUGCUGCUGCUCAGGACCAGACCUAUCCUCAGGGUGAAGGUGGACAUGGGCUUCAGACCUACAGAGGUGGCAAGGUCUGUGUUUGAGUGUCAGGAGCAGGUGGCCCCUGCUCAGGCCCUGGGGGAUGCUACCAUCUGCCUUCGUGUUUACGAAAUUUCCAAGACCCAGCUGGAUGAUCUCCAAAGUGUUGUGACCUUUGACCUUGCCCUGGACCCCGGCCGCCUGAAUCCCCGUGCCCUCUUCAAGGAGACAAACCUGUGGACUCUGAGGCGACACCAAACCCUCGGGCUGAAGCAGCAUUGUGAAACAGUGCCACUGCUCCUCCAGGCCUGUGUGGAAGAUGUCGUGACCCCCAUCAUCUUGCGUCUCAACUUCUCUCUGGUGGGCAGCCCCCUCCCUUCCUUUAGACAACUCCGACCCAUGCUGGCCAUGGAUGCUCAGAGAUAUUUCACGGCGUCUCUUCCCUUUGAGAAGAACUGUGGAGCUGACCACAUCUGCCAGGACGACCUUGCCAUCUCCUUCAGCAUCUCGGGCUUGAAGACUCUGCUCGUGGGGAACCACCUGGAGCUGAACCUGGAUGUGAAUGUGCGGAAUGAUGGUGAAGACUCCUAUGGAACCACGAUCACCUUCUCCUAUCCGGCCGGGGUGUCCUAUCGGCGCGUGGCAAGGAUCCAGGCCCAGAGUCAGCUACAUUCCCCGCGCCUGACAUGUGACAGCGUUGUCCCCUUCGGGAGCCAGGAUGCCAGCAGCACCAGCUGCAGCCUCAAGCACCUGAUCUUUCGAGGGGGCACCCAGAUCACCUUCUUGGCUACCUUCGACGUCUCCCCUAGGGCCAAGCUGGGAAAUCGGCUGCUUCUGACAGCCAAUGUGAGCAGUGAGAAUAAUACACCCAGGACCAGCAAGAGCUUUUUCCAGCUGGAGCUGCCGGUGAUGUAUGCUGUCUACGUGAUCGUCAGCAGCCAUGAGCAAUCCACCAGGUACUUCAACUUCUCAGCCUCUGAGAAGGCGGGCAGCAGUGUGGCCCAGCACAGAUACCAGGUCAACAACCUGGGACAGAGGGACUUGCCACUCAGCAUCAACUUCUGGGUGCCUGUGGAGUUGAACGGGGCUGCUAUGUGGACGGAAGUGGAGGUGUCCCAGCCUCAGAACCAGGCCGUUCGGUGCUCUUCGGAAAAAGUAGCUCCCCCAGCACCUGGCUUUGGGACACACAUUCAGAAGAGCCCUGUGGUGGACUGCAAUGUAGCCCACUGCCUGAGGUUCCGCUGCCACGCCCCCUCCUUCGGCAUCCAGGAGGAGCUAGACUUCAUGCUGAAUGGCACCCUCAGCUUUGCCUGGCUCAACCAGAUGCCACACAAGAAGGUGUCGGUGGUGAGCAUGGCUGAGCUGACCUUCGACAGAUCUGUAUACUCUCAGCUUCCAGGCCAGGAGAUGUUCUUGAAAGCCCAGGUGGAGACGGUGCUGGAGGAGUACCAGGUGCACAAUCCCGUGCCCCUGGUGGUGGGCAGCUGUGUGGGUGGCCUCCUGCUGCUGGCUCUCAUCUCAGCCGUGCUGUACAAGGUGGGCUUCUUCAAACGUCAGUACAAAGAAAUGAUGGAGGAAGCAAACGGGCAGAUUGUUCCAGAAAAUGCACUAUCGGACCCCCAAGUGGCACAGUGAGGAAUGACCUCCUCCCCUGUCAAGGGGUUUCCUGGCUCCCCCGGCUCCCACCUGAAUCAGGCCAGCAAGGGCAGAGGGAAAAGCCUUCCUCCAAGUGUUAGGGAGAUGGGUCCAUCUGCUUUCUCCCCAUGGGAAAAAGCAGCAUGUUCAUGGAGACUCCUGCCUGGGAAGCGCAUUUGUCACGUCAAGGCAGGGUCCCUGCUGGUUCCCAGGACCUUGAUCUGAAAGUUGUAUCCAGAAAUAUGUGUAGCCUUAGGCAUCAGCCUUCCUUCCUCCGUGGUCAGCAGUGUGGUCUUCCUGCUAAUGCACACCCUUGGAGGCAGCAGGUGAUGGUCCAAGCAUUUGGGUCCCUGCCACCCAUAUG